AUGUCAGGUGAUCGAAUUAUUUUCGAGCUUUACUUGAUUCACUCUUUCUUUGUAUCUCUCUUUGAUUCAUUGAUUCUUUCUUUCACUUCUUUUUUCCUUUUCUUUCUUUAUUUAUUUAACUUCUGCCUUUCUCUUUUUUUUAUUCGUGCAUACCUACGUCUUUCUUUCUUUUUUCUUUUUUUUUUUUUUCUUUUUUUUAUUCGUGCAUACGUUUUUAAUCUUUCUUUUUCAAUUCUGCUUGUCUGCUCCUUUAUUUUAGCUACGUCUUUCUUUCUUUUUUCUUUUUCUUUCUUUCUCUUUUUUUUAUUCCUACGUCUUUCUUUCUUUUUUCUUUUUCUUUCUUUCUCUUUUUUUUAUUCGUGCAUACGUUUUUUAAUCUUUCUUUUCAAUUCUGCUUGUCUGCUCCUUUAUUUUAGCUACGUCUUUCUUUCUUUUUUCUUUUUCUUUCUUUCUUUUCAUUUUUUUUUAUUCUUUUCUUUAUUUCAACUUUUCACUUCCUUCUUUUUUUCAUAUUUUCUUUCUUACUUUUUCCUUCUUUGUUUCUUUCUUUUUCUCAUUCACUUUCUUUGUUUCUUUUUCUUUGUUUCUUUUUCUUUCUUUCUUUCUUUCUUUUUUUCUUUCUUUCUUAUUGAGUUUUUGUUUCUUUUUCCUUCUUUCUUAUUAUUCAGUUUCUUUGUUUCUGUUUAUGUCUUUCUUUCUUUCUUUCUUAUUCUGUUUCUUUUUUCUUUGUUUGUUUGUUUGUUUCUUUCUUUCUUUCUUAAUCAGUUCCAUUGUUUCUCUUCUUUCUCUCAUUCUUUUUUCUUUCUUAUUCAGUUACUUCGUUUCUUUUCCUUCCCUUUUUUCUUUUUUAUUCAGUUUUUCCUUUCUUUUUUCUUUCUUCUUUCUUUUUCAGUUUCUUUUUUGUUUCUUUCCUUUUUAAUUUCUUUGUCUUUCUUUCUUUCUUUCUUUCUUUCUUUCUUUCUUUCUUAUUCAGUUCCUUUUCCUUUAUUUAGUUAUGUAUUCUCUAUUUCUUUCUUUCUUUCUUUCUUUCUUUCUUUCUUUCUUUCUUUCUUCCAACCAAUCCUCAUACGAUCAUCCCUCUGA